AUGAAAGAUCAACUUUGGAGCCUACUUCUAUCCGUUUUAGCCAUUUUGGGUUCAAGCCAGGGGAAAGUUUUCAGAGUUAGCAAAAUGGAGUGCCGAACCCUUGAUCCUUCGUUUACUUAUUUCAAGACCUGCAAAGUGGUUCGUGGGGAGAACGGACGAGCUUCCUUGUACAUCAACGAGGUGAUGCUCUACAAGCAGCCCAUCGAUGACAUCAUCCUUAAUCUUGCAAUUUUUAAAAUAUCAAAAAACCGACGAUUCCAAUUCUUAAACGAGACCUUGGACUACUGUCUUUUUAGCCGGCAAAUGUUGGCCACUGGGUUCUUCCGUUUCCUGAUGGCUCCCGUGCUGGGGACUUCGAAUUUGAAUGUUACGUGCCCUGUGCAGCAAGACCUAGUUUUCAAUGGUUUUUCCGUUGAUGAGAACACAGUAAAGGAAAUUCCAAUUCCGAAUGGCGUCUAUCUGUUUCAAAUGCGAUCGGCCAUGAUGAAAAAAUGGCGAACGGAUGUCAAGGUCUAUGCCACUCGAGUUGAUAGGUAUUCGUAG